GACUCAGCCUCCGGCCACUCGAUAUAAAACGCGCCGGUAUCUACGAGAACGCAGUUCGUAUCAAACCUCCGUCUUGUGAUUACAGUGGUUACGCGAAUGUUUGGCAACGGCGUCGACGCAAUCAGUAAUCGAUUGGACAACAUUAAUUUAAACUAUACAACAAUGCAACCCAAAGCUGAAAGACCGCCGGUGUGCCCGAAGACGAAGUUGCCCCUGCUACACCUGACGCCAUCAGAGAAGAAGGUGGACGGCAGCCCGCACCAGGGCGUCAACGACCCUUGGCUGCUCAAGCCCAACCACGACAUCCCGUCUACACCUCCCCCGCAGGUGGAGUCCAUCCAGAUGUACCCCGAGCGAACCGGGUAGCUCGCAAAACGAGCGAGCGCUCUCGAUUAUGAAUAUUGAUCAAAAUAUACUUUCAUAUGGCAAGUUGCCAUCGCGUCGGAAGACGGACUUUUAUACAAAGGCGUGUAAAAAUAAGCCUAACUCCAUUUUAUUGAGGAACUACGUAAAUACAAGUGGUGUCGGGACAGGCCUUUACCGCCGGAUCCAGUGUGAAUGUUGCUCAAGCGUGUCAAAUGGUACCUACUACUUACGUCGCGGAAUGUCGGUGGAAAACGAAUGUGAUAUUUAAAGUUUAGAAGACUUACAAUUAAAGACAGCUACUGUAUAGUUCGAUUACUGGUUAUUUUGUUAUAGGCGAUGAAUUAAAAAAAAUAAAACAAAAGACAGUAAAUAAAUGAAUUAAGUAAGAUACUCAUAUUUGUAAUAAGUUUGUGCAACUAACAGCCAACAAUUUUGUUACCUACUACUUAUUAAGAAUUUGCUAAUAAGUUUUGAAAUAAAAAGUAAAUGAUUCAUGUGUACUCUG